AUGGGACAAGAACGAUUGGAAAACGCAAAUCCGACUCUUUUCGAUUCGAAACCUCGUGAACGACCUGUUACAGGAUUUGAAAGGUAAAGAAUUUCAAUGUUCUGCAUCAAUUUACACCAAAUUGUUAGCCGCUAUAAUUUUGUACUGUUUCAGGGACGAAAAUGUAGAAGAUCCGAUUGAUUCGUGGGAGAUUUUCGAUCUAAUUAGAGAUAUCAAUGAUCCGGAACAUCCGUACACUCUGGAACAGCUGAAUGUAGUGCAGGAAGAGCUCAUCAAGGUGUUCAUUGACGAAGAAGAGACCUAUGUCCAGGUUUUGGCGUUUUUCAUGUAUUCCGAAGACAGUAGUUCUGUUUUAGGUCAAAUUUACGCCGACGAUUCCUCACUGCAGCAUGGCUACUCUGAUUGGCUUGGCGAUCCGAGUCAAACUGCACAGAUCUUUGCAUUCAAGGAUCAAAGUCACUGUAUCGAUUACUCCGGGAUCCCAUUCAACAGAAGAAUCUAUCAAUCGACAACUCGCUGAUAAGGUACGCUUGCACUCAACUGCAGCAGUAGACAAUUGCUUAUUUCGCAGGAACGUGUGGCGGCGGCGAUGGAGAAUCAGGGUCUGAUGCACGCUGUCAACGAAUGUCUCAGACCUCCACAGUAG